AUGCCGGCAGCGCGGGCCGGGCCGCGCCGGGCCGCCCUGCGCCCGCAGCAUCGCGGCGCCCCGUCUGCGGCGAGCCGCCCUCCUCUGGGCACCCUCUCCGCCCCGCUCGCCUCCUCCUCCCACGGAGCCACCCUCCUCCUCCGCCCCCUCUCCUUGCCAGCCUCCUCCCCGCCCUUCCCCGCACUCCACGCCGGUGCCGGAGCCGCGCGUCACUCGGGCUCCAGCCCCGCCGCAGACAUGGCGACACUGACAGCGGUCCAGCCGCUCACGCUGGACAGAGAUGUUGCAAGAGCAAUUGAGUUACUGGAGAAACUGCAAGAAUCUGGAGAAGUACCAGUCCACAAGCUACAGUCCCUAAAGAAGGUGCUGCAGAGUGAGUUUUGUACAGCUAUCAGAGAGGUGUAUCAAUACAUGCAUGAAACCAUAACUGUUAAUGGCUGCCCCGAAUUCCGAGCCAGGGCCACUGCAAAGGCAACAGUUGCUGCUUUUGCUGCAAGCGAAGGCCAUUCACACCCGCGAGUGGUGGAGCUGCCGAAGACAGAUGAAGGCUUGGGCUUUAAUGUCAUGGGAGGAAAGGAACAAAAUUCACCUAUUUAUAUUUCUCGCAUCAUUCCUGGAGGAGUGGCAGAAAGGCACGGAGGGCUCAAACGGGGGGACCAGCUGCUUUCGGUUAAUGGAGUGAGCGUGGAAGGAGAGCACCACGAGAAGGCGGUGGAACUGCUGAAGGCAGCUAAGGACAGCGUCAAGCUGGUGGUACGCUACACUCCCAAGGUGCUGGAGGAGAUGGAGGCUCGCUUUGAAAAACUGAGAACAGCCCGGCGUCGGCAACAGCAGCAAUUGCUCAUUCAGCAGCAGCAACAGCAGCAAACUACACAGCAAAACCAUAUGUCGUUAUUCUCAAGAAAAAAAAAGCCUCGAUCAAGAGUUCAGUAAUGAAGCAACCAGAGCUGUACUUCAGUAUUCCAGCAAAACAAAACAACUACAGGAACACAAAGCAGAAUUA